AUGUCACCGUCCCCGCAAUACUACGUGAUCACCUUCCGGCUGCCUCAACUUGAGGGAGCCCUGUACUGGACAUUCGUCAUCAACUGCUUCGCCGAGCAGUCGUGGCGGUUUGCAGGGACAGCUUCGCUCGUGUUAUUGCAUCGCUCGAUACUGCCGGUGGCUGUGGCGAGAUUCGUGAGCCAGAUCGUUCCGCUACCCUGCUUUCUUCCACUUAUCGUCCACCUCUUCUCCCCCACGUUUUCACCCGCCAUUCUCCUCCCUCACCCCUCCCCCACGUCUUCUGCAACUGGUGGCGUGUGUGGCGGCGCCACUGGUAGUCUCCCCAACGCCCCCCUCACACCCUCCCCUCUCUACCCCAUGCGCCAUCUCUCUUGUCUCCCCUGCGCCCAGUCCACGGCCAUCAUGGUGGGAGCAGCAGCCACCAUGCACGCGCUGCACCUCGCCUUCCCUGACACCGCAGUAGCAGCUGUUGCCAGCACAGCCGGCGCGUCAGCGCUGUGUGCGCUGCCGGCAGCAGCGGUGCUGCAGCAGGGGUGGUUCGUGGUGGUGGUGGUGGCGGGUGCGGUGGAGCGCCUCAUGGGGCUGGCGACAGGCGUGGCUGUGGAGAUCGACUGGCUGGUGGGAGAGGAUCGGCCAGUGCUCAUGGCGACGGCCAUGGCCACGCUGGGAAGGGUGGAGCUCUUGUGCGAGGUGGCAGGGACAUUCAUCUUUGGGGCACUUAUUGCCACCUAUGGUCCGCUAGUCUGUGUCAGAGCAUGCCUUGCUCUCGCUGCCCUCUCCAUCCCGGCUCUCGUAUGCCCCCCUUUGCCUGUGCCACGCAUUCCUUCCUCUGCUACACUUUCUAUUCUAUGUUCAGACGCCGGCACGUGCCUUUUGGGAGCAGGGGCAGGAGCAGCGGUAUCGGCAGUGGGGAGAGCAGCAGGGAAGGGGUGGAGGAGCUUUGUGCAGGAGGCGGUGAUGCCUGCGAGCAUGGCGUAUGUGUUGCUGUGCUUCAAUGCUGUGCUUGCACCCGGGGUACUCAUGACCUCCUUCCUCUUCCACCACGGGGUGGGCAUGGCGGUGAUAGGCGCAUUCAGCAGCGCCGGUGCGGCCAUGGGUUUCGCUGCUUCCUUUGUGUCGCCUGCACUCGUGGCACGCCUCAGGAUUCUGCAGGCGGGCAGCAUUGCCCUUCUCUUCCAGGCCACCUUGCUCGCCCUAUCCGUGUUCGACUUCUCCUCUCUCCGUCUCUGCCCUCCCUUUCUGUAUCAGUGCCUGCUCAUGCUCUUCCUCUUGCUUCUGGCUGUCCCAGCGGCAUCAGCCAACCUGUUUGGAACCAUGGAGAUGGCUCUGGCCUGCCUCGCAGAGCUCGCCAUGCUCACCCUCGCCAUAGUCUUCCACGAUCCCAAGUAUUUUGGCGCCCUUGUGCUCAUGUCCUUGGCUGGGGUCGUUGCUGCUGCGGUGCUCUACUGCUCCUGGCUGGCCUUUCCCGACCCUAGGCUGCAAAUUCUGUUUCCAAAUCAGCCAGAGGCGCUUCAGGGAAUUCGCUUGCCUGACGCUGCUGGUGCUGCGACCGCGGCUGCAGAUCAGGCGAAUUCCUUCGCAGCAGCGGUAGCCAGCUGGGUUCAGAAUAUCGUAGAGCAAUCCCCGAUCGACGCCGCAACCGCCGCCGCAUCCGCCGCUGCGAGCGGCCCAGCCAGUGCGAUUCAGGCGGGAGCUGAUCUCGGCCGUGCGAUUCAGGAGCAGGGGCAGGCUGGGGCGGCGGCAGUGCAGCAAGCUUUAGCGGCAGCUGCGGGUGGGGUGGGUCAGGCGGGCGCAUCGGCAGGUGCCGCCGUGAGCGCGUUGUCAGGAACAACUAUCGCGAGCUCUCGUGGCCUAACGCGCCUCGGCGAGGCGUCCUCUGCGCUGUUACAAAGCUCGGAUCAUCUCACAUCCUCGUUGCGCGUGUCGGUCGACUCCGCCUUGGCGCAGGCCUCCGCCGAUCCCGCCUUUCUCCCCACCACCGCGGCGCGCCUCGCAACCUACCUCGCCUCUUCCCUCGCCUCCUCCGCUUCCUCCCUCGUCUCCUCCUUCUCUUCCCAACCCAUCGUCGCGCCGACCGCCGCGGCGAUCGCGGCAGGCCUCGCGGCGCUGCUCGUGAAAGCGGUGGUGGAUGCUGUGAGCGACGCGCGAGAAAAGGGCAAGGAGAUUCCGUCCACGUACGACCCGGAGGCAAUCGCGGCGUAUUUCAAGCUGCGCCCCGCGCGGGUGGUUGCGCGCGCCGUGUGGAUGGCUGCGCAGUGUUCGGAAGUACUCGCGGGGUUGGCGCUGGACUACGCGCGCGGGGAGGGGAAGCAGAACGAGCAGUUGCGCGCGCAGCAGACGAUGGAGUUAAUCACGCGGCUAGGCCCCACGGCGAUUAAGAUAGGCCAGGCGCUAAGUAUCCGCCCCGAUAUAAUGCCCCCCGCUUACAUCGAGCAGCUCCAGACGCUGCAGGACCGCGUGCCGUCCUUCCCCUCCGCCGACGCGCGCCGGAUCAUAUCGGACGAUCUCGGCCGUCCGGCGGAGGAGGUGUUCGACGGCUUAGAUAAGCCCGUGGCGGCGGCGUCGCUGGGGCAGGUGUACCGCGCGCGCGUGCGCGCAACGGGGGAGGAUGUCGCGGUGAAGGUGCAGCGGCCGGAGGUGCGCGAGGACAUCUGCUGCGACCUGCUGCUGCUGCGCGCGCUCGCGCAGGUGGCUUCCGCCAUCCCCGGCGUGCACACGGACCUGGCGGAAGUGCUGGAUUCCUUCUCCAGCCGCUUCUGGGACGAGCUGGACUACCAGAAGGAGGGCGCGAACGCAACGCGGUUCCGCGAGGACAUGCAGAGGCUGCGCAAUGUGGUGGUGCCACGUGUCCUCACAGAUCUCACCAGCACUCGCGUGCUGACAACGGAGUGGGUGCAGGGCGAGAAGCUGUCAGACGCACAGACGGCGGAUGUGAGCAGUCUGGUGACCCUGGCGCUCAACUGCUACCUCAUCCAGCUGCUCGAAACCGGCUUUCUGCACGCAGACCCGCACCCGGGGAACCUCCUCAGGACCUCCGAUGGCAAGCUGUGCAUCCUGGACUUUGGAUUCAUGACUGAGGUCACGGAGCCCCAGCGCUACGCACUCGUCUCCUACAUCUCGCACCUGCUCAGCGCGGACUACGAGCGAGUAGCCCAAGACCUCGUGGUCCUGGGCUUCGUCCCCCCGGACCUGGUCAACGAGGAGAAGACCAAGUCUGUCGUCCCGCAGCUAGCCCGCGUCAUGUCUCAGAUCACCCAAGGCGGCGGCGCACGCAACAUCAACUUCGGGCAGGUGGCAGAGGAUCUCUCGUCCAUGGCGCAGGACUAUGUGUUUGUGAUUCCGAGUUACUUUGCGCUGAUUCUGCGCGCGUUUGGCACGCUGGAAGGGAUUGGGUUGGACCGGGACCCGAGUUAUUCCACGCUGCAGGAGUGCUACCCGUACAUUGCCAAGCGCCUGCUCACUGACGACUCUCCGCGCGCCCGUGCAGUGCUACGGGACUUCCUAUACGGGUCAGGGGAGCGCCUGGACGUGGCACGGGUGGAGGAGCUCACACAGAACUUCCUCUCCUUCCGCCACCUCAUGGCCACGCCCCCCUCUGCCUCGCCCCACCUCGAUGCCGUUGCUGUCGACGCCAUCGCCUCUGCUGCUGCCGCCGGUGCCACCACUCCCGAUGAUGCUUCAGCUGCUGCUGACGGUUCUGCUGACAGCCCGGGUGAUUUUGCCAGCACUGGGGAUUUCAGGCCGGCUGUUGCUAUGGCGGCGGCAGGGAGGAGAGAGGGUGUGGGUGCAAUGCAAGGAGCAGCAGCAGCAGCAGCAGGAGCAGCAGCAGGAGCGGUGGCGUGGCCUGGGGUGGAUGAGGGAGCGGGCGUGGUGGAUCCAGUGGCAUGGGAGGUGGUGCAGACGGUGCUGGCACCAGAGGGCAGUUACGUGCAAGAGCUUGUCCUCACAGAGAUGGCGCGCACAGUGGACGCCAUGUCACGAGAGGCCCUAGCAGCGCUCUGGUCCGCACUCGUCGCCCGCACGCUCCUCCCAGUGCCGGCGCAGCUGCAGCAGCCGGGCACCUACCCCCUGCCGCUCCUCCUCCCGGGAGCCGUGCUGGGCAUGGUGAGCGGGGACUGGCGCACGGCCAGCCUGUCAGAUGACGAUGUGGAGGCGCUGGGGACUCUGCGGCGCCUCUGGACGCUGCUGGCGCCGCAGCUCAGGAGCAUGGAGCCUGUCGGAGGCCCGUCCUCGCCUGCAGAGGCACUCUCCUUCUUCCGGGAAGCAGCGCCGCUCAUGUUCAGUGUGCUGCCAGGAGCCGCCACCACAGCAACACGCUUCCUUGUGAUGCUGCUGCAGCGCCAGUUACUCCGUCUAGCAGACGACCUCGAUGGGGGAGACUCGGUGCAGCAGUGGGAGGCGGACCCCUACUCCCUCGCGCGCUCCAUCCGCCCCUUCUGGAUGCCCCCUGCCAGCUCCUUGAGGUAG